AUGACCCAGAACCUCAAAUUCGCUUCCAGAGUGUUCCAUCGCGCCCGCCGUGCUCCAGAACUGGGCACCAGAGGCUCCAGCUCAGCGGCCCGUAGUUUGGCAGACAUCCCAGGCCCCUCCACGCCCAGCUUCCUUGCCGAACUUUUCUGCAAGGGGGGGCUGUGGCGGCUGCACGAGCUGCAGGUGCAGGGAGCCGCGCGCUUCGGGCCGGUGUGGUUGGCCAGCUUCGGGACGGUGCGCACCGUGUAUGUGGCGGCCCCUGCGCUCGUGGAGCAGCUGCUGAGACAGGAGGGACCCCUGCCCGAGCGCUGCAGUUUCUCACCGUGGGCCGAGCAUCGCCGCCGCCGCCGGCGGGCAUGCGGACUGCUCACCGCGGAAGGCGAGGAAUGGCAGAGGCUUCGCAGCCUCCUGGCCCCGCUCCUGCUCCGGCCCCAGGCGGCCGCCCGCUACGCCGGGACCUUGGACGACGUGGUCCGUGACCUGGUGCGGCGACUGCGGCGCCAGCGGGGUCGGGGUGCGGGGCCGCCCACCCUGGUACGGGACGUGGCAGGAGAGUUUUACAAAUUCGGCCUCGAAGGCAUCGCAGCGGUGCUGCUGGGGUCCCGCCUGGGCUGCCUGGAGACCCAGGUCCCACCCGACACUGAGACCUUCAUCCGCGCUGUGGGAUCCGUGUUUGUGUCCACGCUCUUGACGAUGGCGAUGCCCAGCUGGCUGCACCGCCUGGUGCCCGGACCCUGGAGCCGCCUCUGCCGAGACUGGGACCAGAUGUUUGCCUUUGCCCAGCAGCAUGUGGAGCGGCGAGCGGCAGAAGUGGCCGGGAGGAGCCCCGGGAAGCCUGAGGAAGACGUGGGACCCGGGGCACACCUCACCCACUUCCUGCUCCGGGAAGAACUGCCUGCCCCGUGCAUCCUGGGGAACGUGACAGAGUUGCUACUGGCGGGAGUUGACACGGUGUCCAACACGCUCUCCUGGGCUCUGUAUGAACUGGCCCAGCAUCCUGAAGUGCAAAAGGCGCUCCACUGUGAGAUCACCACUGCCCUGGGUCCUGGAGGCCAGCCCCCUGCCACUGGGCUGUCUCAGCUGCCACUACUGAAGGCUGUGGUUAAGGAAGUGCUCAGACUGUAUCCUGUGGUACCUGGCAAUUCUCGUGUCCCAGACAAAGACAUUCAUAUAGGUGACUACAUUAUUCCAAAAAAUACACUGGUGACACUGUGUCACUAUGCCACUUCAAGGGACCCUGCCCAAUUCCCAGAGCCAAAUUCUUUUCGCCCAACUCGCUGGCUGGGAGAGGACCCAGCCCCCCACCCAUUUGCAUCUCUUCCCUUUGGAUUUGGCAAACGCAGCUGCAUGGGGAGACGCCUGGCAGAACUUGAACUGCAAAUGGCCUUGGCUCAGAUCUUGAUCCACUUUGAGGUACAGCCUGAGCCAGGUGCUGCCCCAAUCAAACCCAUGACCCGGACAGUGCUGGUGCCCGAGAGGACCAUCAACCUCCAGUUCCUGGACAGAUAA